CGGUGGGGAUUAGCGGGGGCUCGGGCACGCAGAGCCCGGGGGGGCGCCCUGGGCGUGCCCAGCGAGGGGCGGUGCCGCGGCCCCCCUGAGCCCCCCGCUGUCCCUGCCAGGGGGUGCCCCCCGAGGUGACAUUCGAGGAGGUGGCCGUGCGUUUCUCCCCCGAGGAGUGGGCGGAGCUGGCGCCCUGGCAGCGGGCGCUGCACCGACAGGUCAUGUGCGACAACUACGACCUGGUGGCCAGCCUGGCGGGGGGCACUGAGGGCCCUCCCUCCCACACAGACCCCAACUCCAAGUUCACCCGCAUGAAGGAGGAGUCACACGCGGGGGUUCCCUGCGCUGGGGGGCACAGCAGAGAUACCGACACCACCGACAGCUCAGGUGCCUGGAGCGGUUCUGACAGCAAGGAUGACACCGGGGGACGCUGGGGAUCGGGGUCCGGUGUCCCCCGCUCCGGCUGCCGUGACCCCGAGCGGGGGGGCCGUGCCUGGGCCGUGCCCCGGCGGGUGCCGGCGGCGUCGGGGCUCCUCAUCGGCGGCAGCCGCGGGCUGCGCAGCGGGGCCGAGGCGCCCCCGGGCCGGCCGUACCUGUGCGGCACCUGCGGCAAAUCCUUCCGGCACCGCCGCAGCCUCCUGGCGCACAAGAAGCUGCGGCGGGGGAACCGGGCCCGGCACGGGUGCGCCGAGUGCGGCCGCAGCUUCUGCCUGCGCGGGGACCUGCUGCGGCACCGCGACACGCACCGGGCGCGGCCCCCGGGCCGCCGGCGCUGCCCGGGCGCGGCGGGGCCGGGCGAGGAGCGGCCCUUCGAGUGCGGGCGCUGCGGGCGCAGCUUCAGCUGGAGGGAGAGCCUGGAGCUGCACCUGCGGGGGCACCGCGCCGCCGAGCGCGCCCACCCCUGCCCCGAGUGCGGCCGCGUGUUCCCGCACCGCGGGCACCUCCUGCUGCACCGCCGGGUGCACUCGGGCCAGCGGCCCUUCCCCUGCGCCCGCUGCGGCCGCGCCUUCGCCUCGCGGGCCAACCUCAGCUCCCACCGCAGGACGCGCCGGCACUGCCGGCCCCGCAGCCAGGGCCCCCGCGGGGACAGGGACAGCGACAGGGACAGGGGCCCCCGUGGGGACAGGGACCCCCGUGGGGACAGGGACAGCGACAGGGACAGGGACCCCCGUGGGGACAGGGACCCCCGUGGGGACAGGGACAGCGACAGGGACAGGGACCCCCGUGGAGACAAGGACAGGGACCCCCUUGGGGACAGGGACAGAGACCUCCACGAGGACAGGAACAGGGACCCCUGUGGGGACAGGAACAGCGACAGGGACAGGGACCUCCACGAGGACAGGGACAGGGACGCCCGUGGAGACAGGGACCCACCUAGGGACAAGGACAGCAAUAGGGACCUUUGCGGGGACAGGGACCCACCUGGGGACGGGGACUCGCUGAGGGAUAGGGACAUGGAUAGGGACCCCUGCGGGGACAGGGAUAGGGAUGGGGAUAGGGAGCCUCAUUGGGACAGGGACCCGCUCAGGGAUAGAGAUAGGGAUUGUGAUAGUGAUAGAGUUAGGGACGGGAAUAGGGAGCCCUGUGGGGACGGGCACCCGCUCAGGGACAGGGACAGGGAGCCCUGUGGGGACAGGGACCCGCUCAGGGACAGGGACCUGCUCAGGGCUGGGGAACCCCUCGGGGGCAGGGACCUCCCGGCGGGUGACCAGCAGUAGCCGCGGGACCGGGGUCCUCCCGGUGCUCCGGGGGACGUGACCUCGCCGGUGCCGCAGCCACCCUGGGGCACCCCCGGAGCCACGAGCGCCUGGAGGCUUCUGGAACCCAGGGACUUCUCCGUGUGCCUUUAGACCUUGGGGAAUCCCUCGGGAUGUGUCUCCGUGUUCCCUUUGGAUCUUAAAGUAUCUGGGAUGUUUCCCCAUGUCCCCCUGGACUUUGGAAAACCCCUCUGGGACGAUUCUCCAUGUGCCUUUUGCACCUCAGAAUGUCUCUCCAGGACGCUUCUCCGUGUCCCUUUGGACCUUGAAAUGUCCUCCAGUGCUUCCCAGUCCUCCCAGACCCUGGGAAAUCCCUCUGGGAUGGUUCUCCAUGUUGCCUUUGCACCUGAGAAAAUCCCCCGGGGAUGCUUCUCCGUGUGCCCUGGGACCUCGAAGUAUCUUUGGACCUUGGAAAAUUCCUCUGGGAUGUUUCUCCACGUUCUCUUCAGACACUGAAGUACCUUUGGAUCCUAGAAUGUCCCUCCCGGGCAUUUCCCAGUCCCUGCCAGUUCCACCAGUGUCCUGCCCCAUCUUCGUAUUUAAAGCCAGAUGUUUCUUUAAGUCUAUUUAUUUUAAUUUUUUUAUAUGUCAUUUAUUAUUCUUUCUGUUUUAUUUUAUUCUAUUUAAGUUAUUCCAGUUGUUCUCUUCUGCAUACUCCGGUUCUCCUUCUCCAUUCUGUUCCCCCUAUUCCAUUUAAUUAUAUUAAUUUCUAUUCUAUUUAUUCCCUUUAAAUUUUAUUUAUUUUAGGAGGAAGGUCAGGGAGGGAGGAAGAGGAAGGGAGGGAGGGAGGAAGGAGACUCCUCUGGGCUCUUUGUCAUGGCUGAAUCAUGACAGGGCUCUUGGGACAGCAGGAACCACCACGUGUCCCCCCAGUGUCCCUCCUCCCCCAAAUAAAUAAAGGCCAAAAAUCCGA